CGAUCUCCAACACCCGCAGCUGUGAUUAGGAAAACCUGUGGAGCCGGGGCAGGAGAGUGGCAUUUGAGCUUGAAGGUGAGGUGUUAAAGACAGGACUUCAUGGAGUAAGCCGGAGGUGUAUUGGUGGUUAUGGUGCACCAAAACCGCAACUACUUAGGCCUACAUUUUUGCACAAUUUCUCCAAAAGAGGACUUUUUUCUGGACUGGCGCUGGUUUAUUUCUGGAGAGUUCCUUCAUCUCCCAUCCCUCUUUGGUUUGUGCGUCAACUUGAAACGGAUGAGCAGGUUUAAAAUCAACCACCGCCCAAGUAUUUUUAAAUAGCCAGUAAGUUAUUUUGCAGUUUUGGAUGCGCACGUAGGCCUUCACACCGUCCUCAAGAUGUCUGAGAGAUCGCAGAGUCCUGUUUCAGAGUGCCAAAGCCGGCCGUAUGACUUCAGCCGGGCCAACCAUUGCGCCCAGGUUUUGAGUCAGGAGAGUUUGGGCGGCGCUGCGUCAUUCCAGCUUCCUCACGGCAUGCUGCCAGACCCGAGCGUCCUCUACAACAAAACCGCUUACAGUGGCAUCACAUCGGCAUCCGCGCAGACCUUUUUCCCGUUCCCACCCGUCGCCAGUGACUACAGGGGAUCUGACCUACAGGCUGGGGAGUUUGGGCAACCCAAGCACUGGUAUCCCUUCGCUGCGCCCGAGUACACCGGCCAGGUACCCGGUGUAACAGCAGCCACCCAGCCCACAAACCUGAGUCCCCCCAUCGCCGAGACCCGGGAGCAAAUUAAAUUGCCCGAAAUAAAGACCGAGAAGGACACCGGGGAUGAUUACUCAACGGAGGUAAAGGUCCAGCAGUACCCGACACCGCCGACCUCCGCCGCCAUGCCCCAAGGAGUCUUCUACUCUACGGCCUGGAACCCGUCCUUCUGGCCCGGGAUCACCCAUAUCACACCACCCGGCAGCAAUAAUCAAAACCCCUCAACAUCCUCCGCAUCUUCCCCAUCUAUGUCCCCCUCACCCCCAAGCAGCGGGCUUCCAGGGAACGCGUUUUUCAGCGUGAACACAACCCAGGCUGCCACCGGGCCCCAGACGCAGAACCCGGCCUCCUCCACACGGAGCAGCGGGUCCUCCAGCGGAGGGUGCAGCGACUCCGAGGAGGAGAACCUUUCCACUGAAGAACUGGAGCAGUUUGCCAAGGAGCUGAAACACAAACGCAUCACCUUGGGUUUCACUCAAGCUGAUGUUGGCCUUGCCCUGGGUAACCUUUAUGGUAAGAUGUUCAGCCAGACGACGAUUUGCCGCUUUGAGGCUCUUCAGUUGAGCUUUAAGAACAUGUGCAAGCUGAAGCCCCUUCUCCAGAGAUGGCUGAAUGAGGCAGAGACCUCGGAAAAUCCCCAGGAUAUGUACAAAAUUGAGCGAGUAUUUGUCGACACCAGAAAGAGGAAGAGGAGGACCAGUCUUGAGGGAGCAGUGCGUUCUGCUCUGGAGUCCUACUUUGUCAAGUGUCCCAAGCCCAACACCCAGGAGAUCACACACAUCUCAGAUGACCUGGGCCUGGAGAGAGAUGUGGUACGUGUUUGGUUCUGCAACCGAAGACAGAAGGGAAAGCGCCUGGCCUUGCCCCUGGAUGAGGAAUGUGAUGGCCAGUACUACGAGCAGAGUCCAUCGCCUCUGAACAUGGCCCCCUCCCCCAUUCCCAGUCAGGGCUACCCUGCUUCCAGCUACCCCGGAGCUCCUCCUACACUCUACAUGCCCUCGCUUCAUCGGCCCGACGUCCUGAAGCAAGCCCUGCACCCUGGACUGGUUAGUCACCUGACUGGAUAGACACGCUCAAGUAGUCCCAGCCAGAACCACAGAUUGCCUUCCCAAGCACCUCUGUCCUACCCCAACUCAAGCUGGAGAAGAGCCUCUAAACCCAGUCACUCGAUCAUAUCGAUGGAUCGUGGGGUAGAAACAAUCCAAGUGAGAGGGCUCUUGUGGUGAUUGCGGUAGUGCAACGGAUUCUUACUGCGAUGCAGCUUCGCACCAACACCUGCUUUGACUUGAGGCUAAAACCGAGAGGAAAACCUCAACUGAAAGUGAAACGCCUUUCUUUUUGUGUUCUCUGAUAAUGCAUAGUAAGUUAUUCCAUAGGCUUUAAUCACAGCAGGUUUAAUACGAUAGCAAAGUUAAGAUUUGGUGCUACAGUAUAGUCCAGUUGUGGAAUGAGGAUGGGGGUUAUUGCAGGGUAGGUUUUCUGUGGUGCAGAUGAGGAAAGAUCUGGGUAAUCAAUGGUGUCAAAAUUCAAGGAAUGGCUCAGAAUCACCGAAAACAUGAACUUGACCCAGUUGAUUACAAAUUCAAUUACAGAGCUAUGGCUCAAUUUGUUGCUCCAAUUUUUGCAUCCAAAUGAUCUUUUUCAUGUAAAAGAAAUCAGAAAAUUAUCCACACUGUUCUGAAAUCUGGUCAGUACUACUGUUUCUCAUCACUCUGAAUACAGCAGUAUUAUCGUCUGAACUGUCUGUCAUUGAAAUGGAAUGUGCACAUUCUCUUAAGAUGCAUUUUCCAUUAGAUUUUGCACAAAGUGCCUUUUGUAAUGUUGAAUAUUAUAUCUUUUUAAAAAUAUGUGCCAUUUGUAUACUGAACCCAGAUUUUGUCCUAUUGUUAUCGACAACUUUAGCAAAUAUUUUCAGCAUCAGUUGGGGGGUGGUGAAAGUCUUUUUAAGAGAAUGUGACAAAUGUUUUGUUGUUCACAAGUGUCAUAGCUGCUAAUCUGCCAAUUUAUUGCACAAUGUCAACAUUUUCUCUUACUGUCUCAGGUGAAUGAUGGUGAGAUAAUGACUGACCUGACUUACUGUCAAGAGCCAAAUUGUAUUUCAACACCUCCAUUUUUGUUUUUAUUGUCAAGGGUUUUUAUGUUUAUGAAAUGUUGAAUAAGACACAAUACUAAAGUCAA